GAGUCGCUCAGUUUUGUGAGUGAGCAGAACAGAGUCAAAACUGGUCAAAACUUAAUUGACAGAACCGAGAAAAGUUCAAGAAAAUUUAGAUUGAGAUGUUCUGUACGUGAGAGUAAAAAGUUUGGAAUUGGAUGUAUCAAAACGUGGUUCGAUAUGGAAUUGAGAGGAGAAAUCGAUUUAUGAAUCGACGAAAAAGCAAAGUCGCAGCAUUGAAAACAUUUGGCGAAAGUAUGAAGGGAGGUUAGGAAUGCGGGGCAAUUGCCCAGACGAAUAUUCAACAUUAUGUGAUGAAAUGGUUGAGUGAAACCAAAUAUGUCAGAGUUUUUGCCACUAUGUGAUUUACUGUUCAAUGUGGUCUCACUGGCAGCCUAUUUCUGUGACAUAGUAUUCGAUAUCCUGGUGGUUUAUGCCUUAUACAACAAGGGAUCUAUUCUGAUUGUGGCUCAGUGCUUAAUUGUGAUACUCCUUACAAGUUUAAUAACGCAAAUCGUAUCUGCUUAUUGGUACUUGAAGGGAAAACCAGACGGAUGGAAGCAGUAUGCAAUUGUGACAUUGCAUAUACUGCAAUUUGGUGUAGUUUGGAGAUAUGCCAGACUUCUGGCUCCGGUGCAGCUGGAGAAUGUUAAGAAAGAAGUCAGAGAUUUGUGCAUUCUAAGACUAAUUCAUGCAUUCCUUCAGGCCGCCCCAAUGCUACUGAUUCAGCUAUCAUUGUUGGUAGUUGGAGAGAGCGGAGAAUUGACAGAUCUGGUCACAGUGUCCGCAGCCCUGUCCCUGUUCUCGGUUUGCUGGGCGCUGGCUUCGUUCAGCAAACAUGUGCAGAAAGUGGAGAAAUUGGUGCUCACCUGGCUGGGAGUCCUGUCGCAAUUGCUUUGGAGAGCCGGAACAGUUACUGCGAGAGCGCUGGCGCUUUCCGCGUACGCACAUAGUUACCAUUCAUGGAUAUUUUUAGUGCUCGCAUUGCAUUGGGCUUGCAUGUUCCUGUGGCUGGUAUCGCCGAGAAGUGCGUUUUACGGGGAGAAAGGAAAACGCUUAGGAAUUUGCGUGCUCGUUGCGGGAGUUUACGUUCUUGCGUACAUCAAUCUGCAGGAUAAACCGCACGGCAGAACUAUGGCCGUCUUUUACGGAGUGAUGCUAUUAGAAAAUUGUUUAUUAGUCACUGCAUGUUUAGCAGCAAUUUGGUCGGUGAAACCACCGAAUUGGCUUCUUCUACCGGCAUUAACUAUUUUCUUAUUCUUCGGCGGCCUCCUCUUCAUGCUCAUUUACUACCGAUUCUUUCACGUACGCCGAAUAAUGGACAAUAAGCCGUCGCAUCCGCCGGGAGUUUUCAAUUGCAGAUUUGCCGGACCCACGGCCGCAGCUCUCUAUCGGAAGAAAAAGAAACCGACGAGUUUCGUGCCUCCUCCGGGUCUGACGCCGAUGGCGGUACCUUUCUGGCGACGACCUUUACCCUCGUCCAGUGAAAACGAAGGAAGCAGCGUCGGAUCGCGCGUCAACAUUCAUCAGAAAUUGCAGGAGAAGAAGCAGAAGCAACUGGCCGAACUGAAGAUUAUAGAGGAGGAAAUCAAGCAAGGUAAAUUGGUAGGUCCCGAAUGCACGGAUCCGGACGAUAGGCAACCAAUUCCACGCAUCAAGCGUCACCUGGAGCCGCAACUGCUGAGUUUAGCAUCGCUCAACAACCUGGCCAGUUACGGCGUGAAUUUGAAUAGACGUCCACCGCCUAGAGCACCGCGUUCACGAACUCCUGAACUUCUAUUAGCUCCCAGGUAUCUCUACUGCGACUGUUCCAUUCCAGAGCCAGAACCAGUCGAGUUACCCGGUCAACCCAAUUCGGAUAUCGAAAGCCAAAUCAGCUUGCCCAGAUCGUACACAUUACCCCGAGAAUUUAAGUAUUAUCGAAGGGGGCGAACCCGGAAACCGAUUCGGACUAUCGCCUCGACAAACAGUUCCGAUGGGGACGUCGAUUCUGCCGAUGAUGAGUCCGAUCACAAUUCGCCGCCGGCUCUGGUGAAACCCUUGCGAAAGCAGUACAGACACGAGACGAAAUUAUAAACAAAAAAUGCCAAUUUACCUGUAACAUAAACGUGCCUUAUAUAA